AUGCGCCGUGCAAAUGCCAAAAAAGCAAGAGAGAAAAAAGAACUUAAGGACAAAGAUAAAGAUGACUUACCAAUCGUUGACGAUGCAUAUGACUUGGAGAAUGAUGAAGCAGCGGAAACAGUAUUUAGAAAGCUUAUUGAAAAUGCUAAAGAAAUGGAUUAUAAUAAAAAUUCACGUUGGAGGUAUACUGGAAAUUCUGAUCUAAAUAAUAUAAAUGAAGCCACAGGAGACCAGCAGUCAGAUUCAGAAAGUGAUAGUGAUCUUGAACUCGAAGAAAAACCAUUAAAAUGGAAACAACAACUUCAAGAAACUGAGAAAAGGAUACAAAAUCUGCUAGAUACUAUGGAAAUGUCAAAGACAGAUAAGGUGAAGUAUGUUUCUGUGAUCCAUUAUAUUCGACUUCUUCAACAUGACUCAUCUAAAAUGGAAGCAAGUCGAGUUGUGGCAACCAUUCACAAUGGUGGUAAUCUCUUACCUCCAUCUCAACGUGGAAAGCACCCAUCGCAGUCACUUCUUCAUGAUGAAGAAGUCUCCUUAAAAGUAGCAAAUUACUUAAGAUCAACAAAAUUCAAAGUAAAUCCAAGACUUGUCAAACAGUACUUUGAAAAUAAUAUUCUGCCUGAGCUUCACAUUGAUCAAGUGCAAACGAUUUCUUUGACUACGGCACGGCGUUGGAUGAAAAAAAUAGGGUUUUAUUAUAAGAGAUAUCAAAAAGGUGUAUAUGUGGAUGAUCACGAAAGGGAGGAUGUGGUUGCGUAUCAUAAAGUAUUUCUACAAAAUAUGGCAGAAUAUAAAAGGUUGAUGCCUAAGUGGACUGAUGUUGAUUGUAAAGUAUGUGAAGAGCCGUAUUUAUUGCCUGGUGAACAAAAACAUAUCUUGAUUAACCAUGAUGAAUGUACCUUCCAUUCUUAUGAUGGCACCCGUGAGUUUUGGGCACCUGAAGGUAAACAACCGUUAAGGAAAAAAGGACUCGGAAAAGGGCUUCAUGUUAGUGAAUUCCUAGUAGAAACAAUUGGAAGAUUGAAAGAUGAGAAGGAAGAAGCAAGGUUAAUAAUGCAAUUGGGUGCGAAUCAUGACGGAUAUUGGGAUGGACAAAAGUUACUUCCCCAAGUAAAAAAUGCCAUAGAUAUAUUUGAAACGACUCAUCCAGGAUAUAUUGGGGUUUGGGCAUUUGAUAACGCCACCAGUCACAAAGUUAUGGCACCUGACGCAUUAGUAGCUGCUAGAAUAAAUUUAAAACCUGGUGGACAGCAGCCAAAGAUGAGAAACACUGUAUGGAAUGGAGAAACCCAAACGAUGGUGUUCCCAGAGGAUUAUGAAGAUGACCCUACUUUACAAUCAGAACUGAAAGGAAUGAAACAAAUUCUUAAAGAGAGAGGCCUUUGGAAAGAUGGAAUGUUAGCAGACUGUAAAGUACGUAAAAAAGAUAAAUUGAAUUCUGACAUAGUAAAUUGUUGUGCACAGCACCUUAUUGCGAACCAGCCAGAUUUUUUAAAUGAACGUGGAUUAAUUCAACAAGAGAUUGAAAAACAUGGUCAUAAGGUGAUUUUCUAUCCUAAAUUCCACCCGGAACUUAACUAUAUUGAAACGUACUGGGGUGCAGCAAAGAGACACGCGCGAGAAAACUGUGACUACACAUGGAAGGGACUACAAGAAAAUGUACCAAUUGCACUUGACUCCGUUCCAGUUGAAAUGAACAGAAAAUACGCAAGGCUUUCUUACCAAUGGAUGGAUACUUAUCGAAAAGGGUUAACCGGCCGAGCAGCCGAGUACGCUGUCAAAAAGCAAAGGAGUCAUCGCUCAAUUAGUUUGGUAGAUUUGGUUGAAAAUGGCGAUUAG